GCGACUGCCCUGGCCGCGGCGCCCGGCGCCCGCCGGCCUCCCUCGCUCCUGACGCCGGCGCGGGCCGGGGGCGCCGCGACGCGGGCGGGCGGGCGGCGGGCGCCGGGCUAUAUGGCGGCGGCUCUGUCGGGCCUGGCUGUCCGGCUGUCGCGCUCGGCCGCCGCGCGCUCCUAUGGGGUCUUCUGCAAGGGGCUGACCCGCACGCUGCUCAUCUUCUUCGACCUGGCCUGGCGGCUGCGCAUCAACUUCCCCUACCUCUACAUCGUGGCCUCCAUGAUGCUCAACGUCCGCCUGCAGGUCCACAUUGAGAUCCACUGAAGGCUCCACCCACUGACCAAGCGACCAACCGACAGACAGACACCGUGUGGCCCCUCCCAGCGCUGCGGACACAACAUGAGGGACGGAUGCCAGGGCGCGUGGCCGCGGGAGGAGCUGUCUCUGGGAGCGGCCACUGCCCAGCGGGAGCCCGGCCACCAGGGCUGUCCCUGGGGCGAGGGCUCGGCAGUGAGACACUGGGCGGGCGCCGUGCCCCGCUGCGAGACUCAGGGUCUGGCCUCUGUGCCCACCGAAGAGAGACUGGCAGGGGCGCCUCGGGGGGCCGGAGACUCCCCGGGGAGGGGCCGGCUGGGAGGAGGCCACCGGGGACCGGGCCCCGCCGGACAGCCGCGGGGCUGGGGGCCGCAGUCCGACGCUGGCUUUGCCCAGGCCCCUGUGCCGGGAGCUCUUGUUGAGGGGGGUGGCCCAGCGCCCUGCACCCUGUCCUCGCCUUGGCACGGGCACCCCGAGGUGUUCCCCAAGGCGGCACCCGAAAGCACUGCUGGCCCCGCCCAGCCAGUGGCCGCAAAGCGGACUGUGAGAUUCGGGGGCUGGGGAAGGGGCACCCCCGGCCCGGCCUCGGCGCUGGCAGACAAUAAACACAGAUUCCUUCCGAGCCGCCCGUGGCCCUGGUCUCUUCCCGCCGCGCCGGCCCGUGGACAGUGACUCGAGUGGACGGAGGCGCGGGCGCGCAGGAGGCCAAGGGCUGGCGGCAGAACCAGUUUCACCGGGAUACAAGGGUGUGGACGGCCAGCGGGGCCACGGGAGGAACUGCCCGGCACUGGCAGAUUAGAAUGUGGACGUGCUCGGGCCGAGGGCCCCUCCCCGAGCUGGACGAAGUAGAAGUGGACACGGGGGGCUCCCGCCCCGCUGGCCUCGCGGGGAGCCGUGCAGCGUUGCGGAGAGCGCCAUCGGUCUGUAGCAAAACUCAGUUUCUUUUCUCCUUUCCUGCUGCUUGAAAUGCAACUGAAGGGCAGGCCCGAUGGCGGAAGUUGCAGUAUCAGACCUACCGUAGGACCACCCUUUCUCAAACGGGAACCCUGGCACGUCGCUGAGAGGAGCGAAGACAGCGCGGCCCGUGGCGAGGCCGGGAGGGCUGAGCAGGCGUUUCAGGAGAGAAAGUCUCUGGGACUGAGAGAUGGAGGGAUCUUUUACACCGAGGUUUUUUUUUUUCCCUGAGGUAUAAACCCCUUUUGUCGUUUGUUUUUGAUAAUUUUGAUAAAGGUUCCUUCAGAGCUUCAGCUAAAGCAGUCCCAAAUUAAGACUUCAGCAAUUUCAGGAUCAUUAAUUCGGGAUAUCAGUUUAGAUUGUGUGUUAAAUCACUCUGCCGUAUGCUUAUUUUAGUGUUUUGGGAAACUGAAAAAUAAAACUCUUCUUUAGCAUAAUAAAUGUCUUACUUGCG